UGAUUGGCCACAUCAAGGAUACGCCGCCAAAGGCUCGAGUGCCAUUGAAACCAGGAUGACCAAAGACGUCCAGUCUCGCCUUCUUAGCUGCAGCGCUGCAGGUCUCAUAGCGAUCCAAGGUCUUGGCCUUGCACUUGUCGCUAGCUACAGCUCACUCUCAUCGCUCUUCUUCGGCCUCAACGUACUUCUCUGCGGUGUCUGGCUCGCGUUCCAUGAAGUACAGCCUGCCUUGGCACCAUUCGAGCUACCCCGCGGCCUCGAGACGCCUCUCGGAAAGGCGUAUACGUACCAAUUCAUCGCGUUCGCUUCGGUCGACUCGUUCUUUGGCAGCGUCUGGGACACUUUUGUGCUCGUGUGGCUGCUCUUUGUCUCGGCUGUCUUUGUCUACAUCCACUUUGCGCACGACCACCACAGCAGCGAAGCCAAGCAGGAGAGUUUGCUCAUGCAUGACUACCAAAAGCUCGACAUCCAAGCCAUGUAGCCAUACCUUUAUAAGGAUUACCAAGUCUUUUUGCACGA